GCCAGAGCGAGAGUUCAAGACAGUCAUUUCCUGUGGUCAAGUGGAUAAGAGCAGCCUACAGCCAUGGGACAGGCCCUUAGGAUCAAGCGCUGUGACUUCCAGGCAUCAAAAAACAAUAAGGAGCACCACACGAAGGCCAUUAGCUCCCAGCACCUCAUCGUGAGGAGGGGACAGUCCUUCACCCUUUGCCUGCACUUUCGAGCACCAGUGCCCAAAUUUGGGUCUGCCUUGAAGAAGGUGACCCUCAUUGCACAAACAGGAGAGCAGCCUUCUGAGGACAACAGGACCCAGGCCACAUUCCCAAUUUCCAGUCUGGGGGACCCGAAGUGGUGGAAAGCUGCAGUGGAGAACAGAGAUGCGGAGUCCUGGACCCUUUCUGUGACCACGCCCACAGAUGCUGUCAUUGGUCACUACUCGCUCCUGCUGCAGGUCUCCCGCCGGAAGCCACGCCUCCUGGGUCGUUUCACGCUGCUUUUUAACCCCUGGAAUCGAGAGGAUGGCGUAUUUCUGGAGAAUGAAGCCCAGCGCCAGGAGUACUUACUAAACCAGGAUGGCCUCAUCUACCUGGGCACUGCUGACUGCAUCCAGACAGUGGCCUGGGACUUUGGUCAGUUUGAGAGAGAUGUCAUCGACCUCAGCCUGAGCUUAUUGAGCAUGGACAAGCAGGUGGAGGCGUGGGGCAACCCCCAGCAUGUGGCCCGCAUUCUGGGUGCCUUGUUGCAUGCACUCAAGGAGAAGCAAGUCUUGUCCAUGGACCAAGCUACCCAGGAAGGGGCCUUGUUGGGCAAGUGCCGGGGCAGCGUGCCCAUCCUGAGGCAGUGGCUCACAGGCCGUGGGCUGCCAGUGCACGCGGCCCAGGCCUGGGUGCUGGCUGCUGUUGCUUGCACAGCACUGCGAAGUCUGGGAAUCCCUGCCCGUGUCAUCACCACCUUCGCCUCAGCCCAGGGCACCGGUGGGAGCCUGCUGGUCGAUGAGUACUACAAUGAGGAGGGGCUCCAGAACGGAGAAGGCCAGCGGGGGAGAAUCUGGGUCUUUCAGACUUCUACUGAAUGUUGGAUGGCCCGGCCUGCUUUACCCCCAGGGUAUGAUGGAUGGCAGAUUCUGCACCCAAGUGAUCCUCUUGGAGGUGGAGUCCUAAAGUCCUGUGAUCUUGUUCCGGUCAAAGCUGUCAAGGAGGGGACACUGGGGCUGACCCCUGCAGUUGCUGACCUCUUUGCUGCAGUGAACGCCUCAUGUGUGGUGUGGAAGUGCCGUGAGGAUGGGGCACUGGAGCUGACUGAUUCCAACACUAAGUAUGUGGGCAACAACAUCAGCACCAAGGGUGUGGGCGGCGACCGCUGUGAGGACAUCACUCAGAACUACAAGUACCCUGAAGGAUCUCUUCAAGAGAAAGAGGUGCUGGAGAGGGUACAGAAAGAGAGAAUGAAACAAGGGAAAGACAAUGGCAUCUGCCCUCCAAGUCUCGAGAUAUCCAAUCCCCUGUACCUGUUCUUGGAAACUCCCUGCUUUCUACCUUUGGGAGGGGAUGCUCAGUUUGCUGUGACUCUGAUUAACCCCAGUGACCAGGAGAAGACUGUGCAGCUGGCGAUUGGGGUGCAGGCAGUGUACUACAAUGGCAUCCUUGCUGCAGAGCUCUGGAGAAAGAAGAUGCUCAUAACACUCAGUGGAAACCUGGUUCAAAGAAUCACCACCAGUCUGUCUUCCUCCCAUUUCGAGCAAAGCCCACCAGAGGACAGCUUCCUCAGACUCACUGCUGUGGCAACACACUCCCAGUCCAGUCUCAGCUGCUUUGCGCAGGAAGACAUCGCCAUCAGCAGACCAAAACUUGCCAUCGAGAUGCCUAAGACAGCAGAGCAGUACAAGCCUCUUACUGUCACAGUCAGCAUCCACAACCCCCUUGAUGCUCCCCUGAAGGACUGUGUCAUCUCCCUCCUCGGAAGGGGGCUCAUCUACAGGGAGAGGAACUACAGACUGGGUUCUGUGCGGCCUGGAAACACCUUGCGCACCCAAUUCCAGUUCACACCAACGCAUGUGGGGCUCCAGAGGCUCGUAGUGGAGAUGGACUGUAACAUGUUCCAUAACGUGACUAACUACAGAAAUGUCUCUGUGAUGGCCCCUCAUCUUGCAGCUUAA